AUGCGUGAAAUAUAUACGGCGAUGAGAUGUUUGAAGCAUUAUUCCACCAUAUUUGCUGUGAGCUCGGGUGCGUUACCUGCUGCCAUAUCAGUCAUCCGGGUUUCCGGAAAAGAAAGUCGACGAUGUCUAGAGGAGCUUACGGGUCGGAAAAAAAUUCUGCCUAGGCGGUUAUUUUAUGCGAAUAUUCGACGAAAUGGAGAACUUAUUGAUAGAGGCAUGGCGGUUUUUUUACCAGGCCCGAAAACAUCAACUGGAGAAGAUGUGGCUGAAUUCUAUGUGCACGGUAGUAGAGCAGUUGUUGACUGUUUGUUGGAAGCAUUAGCGCAAAUCGACAACAUGGAACCUGCAAAGGCUGGAGAGUUUACGAAAAGGGCAUUUUUCAAUGGAAAGAUGACGUUGCAGGAGGUACAAUCGCUUGCGUGUCUUUUGGCUGCACGAACACAACGUCAACGACGCCUAGCUUUGCACGUGAAUACUUUAGAUAAAGCGAUGGAAGGCAUAAGGAAGCAACUUAUCGAAAUGCGUGCUUCCGUGGAAGCAUCCAUUGAUUUUGGCGAUGAUAUUGGGUUUCAUUGGGAAGAUAUCCAUGUCGCAGUCAAUUCAAUGAUUAACGAAUUGAGCAGCAUCCGAGAACAAAUGCAUCGAGGAACACUAAUCACUAAUGGCCUAAGAAUAGUUAUUUUGGGACAAACAAAUGUUGGAAAAAGCAGUUUGUUCAAUCGUAUAGCGAACCGGGACAUGGCUAUAGUAUCAGAUAUUGAGGGAACAACUCGUGACUCACUGGAAGCGACAGUUCAACUUUCUUCUAUCCCAGUGACCAUUGUUGACACUGCAGGAAUUCGUGAAAUUCCCUUGGAUUCUCUCGAAGCAGAAGGCAUCAAGAGGACACUGAAAAGAGCGGUGGAAGCCGAUAUUGUGAUUGUGGUAAUAGACAGUAGCGCGUGCAAGGAUUUCGAAACAGAUGUUCGCUCAGUGCUUUCUUGGUGUCAUCUCGAAGAAAAUGCAUCUGUUUUUGUUGCUCUGAAUAAAUGUGAUUUACACAGCGUUCCGAAUAAUGUACUCCUUCCGUGGCCCGCUGUUAAUACGUCAUGCAUUUCCGGUGAAGGAAUCAAUUCAUUGCUUGAAAUCAUUUGUGAACAUAUCAAUAAGUUGUGUCCAAUGUCCGACGAUAGCGCUGUUCUCAGCAGUCCCGUUCACCGGUUACUGAUGAAGGAAUCCAUUCUUGUCCUUAGAAAGGCAUUGAAAGCGAACGAUAUUGCUAUUGUAGCAGAACUUUUGCGCGAUGUAUCGGACUACGUGGGUGAGAUGUCAGGUGCAAUCGUGAACGAGCAGAUUCUUGAUCAAAUAUUUUCCUCAUUUUGCAUCGGAAAAUAA